AUGACACGCGGAAGGAAUAAUUGGACAUGCGAAGAUGAUCACAAACUGAGGGUACUAUAUAAAUUAUAUCAGGAACAACCAAAUCUAUGGCAAAUUAUUAGCCAUGGGUUUCCCAAACAAAAUUCUAAAGCAUGUCGUGAGCGAUGGAUUUUUCAUGCGGAUCCAGAAAUAAACCAUUUACCAUUUACAUAUGACGAACGACAAUACAUACUCUCUCGAGUAAAUCAGCCUGGAGCGACAGAUUGGGUAGCAAUAGCAGAAGAAAUAUCGCAUCCUCAUGCACGAAGAACGGCUUUACAAUGCAAAAACUUUGUGAAUAAUCGUCAACGACGAAUAGACAGUGAAUUUGGAAGACUUUUGGAUAAAUAUAAGAAGUCUGGUGAUCGAAUGAAUUUAGGAUUUAUUUUGAAUUAG